GUGUCGUGUUAAGUUCAGGACGAAGGGGCUGGGCCGGUUAGACGGUACUGGGGUGUCCGGUGAGGGGCUUAACGUGUGAGAAAGAUAAUUAAGUUAACCAAGCGGGGGAAAUAGUUCUUCCUGGAAAGAAUUGGGGCGGUGAGAGGGGUCUUGAUGUGAAAAGAUAUUAGGAAAUAGAUACCCCAAGGGAGCGCUUUAGAGCUAAGGAGGAGUCCAGUUGUGACGGAUUAGGUUAAAUUAAUGUAAAGAAACCUUAAACCAAUGUGGGUACAUUGGGAAUAUGGGAUGUAUUUACCAUCGGGAGGUUGGGUACCCUUGGAAUGCGUGGAGAGGGGUCUCUGUACAAAGAAGGGUUAUGUGUAUGUGAAAAGGGUGUCUGGGUGUCCCUGGAAUGAGCUAGGGAAGGUAGUCUUUUGUAAGUUCAGGUAAUUAGGCCAAGGUGAAGAUGGGAUUUGGUUAUUGGAAGGAGAGGAAGUAAAGUGAGAGAGAUCUGUGUGCUAAAGUGAGAGGUGUCUGGGAAUUCCUGGAAUGAGACCGAGAUGUUAGGUUGCUAAGAGGUUUGGGGUCUGAGUACCCCUUAGAGUAGUAGGCUGGUGAGAGGGGUUUGAGUGUUGAGGAAGAGGGGUCUGCUGGAUUAGGGUGGUGAUAAGGGUUCUGCAUGAGAACAGGAGGUUCGGGUAUCCCUAAAGGGAAUUUGGGCAACGAGAGGGGUGAGCGUAAGAGGAACUUAAGCCAUUGUGAAGGAUGGUCUGGUUAUCGCUGGAAUGGGUUAGAGUGCCUGUGGAUCUUUAUGAAAAGAAGAGGAGUGGCCGGGCGCGGUGGCUCAAGCCUGUAAUCCCAGCACUUUGGGAGUCCGAGGCGGGUGGAUCACGAGGUCAAGAGAUCAAGACCAUCCCGGUCAACAUGGUGAAACCCGUCUCUACUAAAAAUACAAAAAAAUUAGCUGGGCAUGGUGGCGCGUAAUCCCAGCUACUCAGAAGGCUGAGGCAGGAGAAUUGCCUGAACCCAGGAGGCGGAGGUUGUGGUGAGCCGAGAUCGCGCCAUUGCACUCCAGCCUGGCCCAGGGCCUUGCUGCCACCAUGACUGAGGAGUCAGAAGAGACAGUCCUGUACAUUGAGCACCGCUAUGUCUGCUCUGAGUGCAACCAGCUUUAUGGAUCCCUGGAAGAGGUGCUCAUGCACCAAAACUCCCACGUGCCCCAGCAGCACUUUGAGCUGGUGGGCGUGGCUGACCCUGGAGUCACUGUGGCCACGGAGGCAGCUUCAGGCACAGGCCUCUAUCAGACCCUUGUGCAGGAGAGCCAGUACCAGUGCCUGGAGUGUGGUCAACUGCUGAUGUCACCCAGCCAGCUCCUGGAGCACCAGGAGCUGCACCUGAAGAUGAUGGCACCUCAGGAGGCACUGCCAGCUGAGCCACCACCCAAGGCACCACCCCUGAGCUCCAGCACCAUCCACUACGAGUGUGUGGAUUGCAAGGCUCUUUUUGCCAGCCAGGAGCUCUGGCUGAACCACCGGCAGACACACCUCCGGGCCACACCCACCAAGGCUCCUGCCCCUGUUGUCCUGGGGUCCCCAGUUGUUCUAGGGCCUCCCAUGGGCCAGGCCCGCGUGGCUGUGGAGCACUCAUACCGCAAGGCAGAAGAGGGUGGGGAAGGGGCGGCUGUCCCAUCUGCUGCUGCCACCACUACCACUGAGGUGGUGACUGAGGUGGAGCUGCUCCUCUACAAGUGCUCUGAGUGCUCCCAGCUCUUCCAGCUGCCAGCGGAUUUCCUGGAGCACCAGGCCACUCACUUUCCUGCUCCUGUCCCCGAAUCUCAGGAGCCUGCCCUACAGCAGGAGAUGCAGGCCUCAUCACCUGCAGAGGUGCCUGUGUCUCAGCCUGACCCCUUGCCAGCUUCUGACCACAGUUAUGAGCUGCGCAAUGGCGAAGCCAUUGGGCGGGAUCGCCGGGGACGCAGGGCCCGGAGGAACAACAGUGGAGAAGCAGGCGGGGCAGCCACACAGGAACUCUUCUGCUCAGCCUGUGACCAGCUCUUUCUCUCACCCCACCAGCUACAGCAGCACCUGCGGAGUCACCGGGAGGGUGUCUUUAAGUGCCCCCUGUGCAGUCGUGUCUUCCCUAGCCCUUCCAGUCUGGACCAGCACCUUGGAGACCAUAGCAGUGAGUCACACUUCCUGUGUGUAGACUGUGGCCUGGCCUUUGGCACAGAAGCCCUCCUCCUGGCCCACCGGCGAGCCCACACCCCGAAUCCUCUGCAUUCGUGUCCAUGUGGAAAGACGUUUGUCAAUCUUACCAAGUUCCUUUAUCACCGGCGUACUCAUGGGGUAGGGGGUGUCCCUCUGCCCACAACACCAGUCCCACCAGAGGAGCCUGUCAUUGGUUUUUCUGAGCCAGCUCCAGCAGAGACUGGAGAGCCAGAGGCCCCUGAGCCCCCUGUGUCCGAGGAGACCUCAGCAGGGCCCACUGCUCCAGGCACCUACCGCUGCCUCCUGUGCAGCCGUGAAUUUGGAAAGGCCUUGCAGCUGACCCGACACCAACGUUUUGUGCAUCGGCUGGAGCGGCGCCAUAAAUGCAGCAUUUGUGGCAAGAUGUUCAAGAAGAAGUCUCAUGUGCGUAAUCACCUGCGUACGCACACAGGGGAGCGGCCCUUCCCUUGCCCUGACUGCUCCAAGCCCUUCAACUCGCCUGCCAACCUGGCCCGCCACCGGCUCACACACACAGGAGAGCGGCCCUACCGGUGUGGGGACUGUGGCAAGGCUUUCACACAAAGCUCCACGCUGAGGCAGCACCGCUUGGUGCAUGCCCAGCACUUCCCCUACCGCUGCCAGGAAUGUGGGGUGCGUUUUCACCGCCCUUACCGCCUGCUCAUGCACCGCUACCAUCACACAGGUGAAUACCCCUAUAAGUGUCGCGAAUGCCCCCGCUCCUUCUUACUGCGCCGGCUGCUGGAGGUACACCAGCUCGUGGUCCAUGCUGGGCGCCAGCCCCACCGCUGCCCAUCCUGUGGGGCUGCCUUCCCCUCCUCACUGAGGCUCCGGGAGCACCGCUGUGCAGCUGCUGCUGCCCAGGCCCCACGGCGCUUUGAGUGUGGCACCUGUGGCAAGAAAGUGGGCUCAGCGGCUCGGCUGCAGGCACAUGAGGCAGCCCAUGCAGCUGCUGGACCUGGAGAGGUUCUGGCUAAGGAGCCCCCUGCCCCUCGAGCCCCACGUGCCACUCGUGCACCAGUCGCCUCUCCAGCAGCCCUCGGAGGCACUGCUGCAGCAUCCCCUGCGGCCCCUGCCCGCCGCCGGGGUCUAGAGUGCAGCGAGUGCAAGAAGCUGUUCAGCACAGAGACGUCACUGCAAGUGCACCGGCGCAUCCACACAGGUGAGCGGCCGUACCCGUGUCCAGACUGUGGCAAAGCGUUCCGUCAGAGUACCCACCUGAAAGACCACCGGCGCCUGCACACAGGUGAGCGGCCCUUUGCCUGUGAAGUGUGUGGCAAGGCCUUUGCCAUCUCCAUGCGCCUGGCAGAACAUCGCCGCAUCCACACAGGUGAACGACCCUACUCCUGCCCUGAUUGUGGCAAGAGCUACCGCUCGUUCUCCAACCUCUGGAAGCACCGCAAGACGCAUCAGCAGCAGCAUCAGGCAGCUGUGCGGCAGCAGCUGGCAGAGGCAGAGGCUGCUGUUGGCUUGGCUGUGAUGGAGACUGCCGUGGAGGCACUGCCCCUGGUGGAAGCCAUUGAGAUCUAUCCUCUGGCCGAGGCUGAGGGGGUCCAGAUCAAUGGCUGACUCUGCCUGACUUCCUCUUCAGCACCUCCAUGCCCUGUUGCUGAAGGCCCUCCAGCAUCCCCUUAAGCCUCUGUACAUACUGUGUCCCUUCCUCUUCCCAUCCCACCACCAUGUAAGUUCUAAAUUGGAUUUAUUCUCUCCUGAGGGGGUGCUCUGGGAUCCUUAACACACACAAAGGUGCCCCCAGCCUUCCACCUCUUAGCACUGGUUACCCCAAAAAUGAAACUGUCAAUAAAGACUGAGUUGCCAGCA